UACAGCGAGCGAGAUGAGCUUGGCGGAGGUGUACGCUUGUAUGCCCAGUGUGGAGCGUGGGCGGGGAAUUCUCGUGGAUGGCGAUGCCAGAUCGAGCUGGAUCAUCUACUGCAAUGGUCGCAGCGUCGUGAUUCGCAGCCUGGUGCAGCCCCUGCUCGUGGAUGUCUACUGCCAGCACGCGUACCCGGUGAGUGUGGCCAGGAUCUCGCCGAACGCGCAAUGGAUAGCCUCGGCGGACGUGUCCGGCAUUGUCAGGAUCUGGGGCGCCACCGGGGAUCACAUACUCAGGCACGAGUACACCGCUCUCUCGGGGCGCAUCGAUGACUUGCAAUGGUCACACGAUGGCCAGCGCAUUGUUGUGUGCGGCGACGGCAAAGGGAAGUCAUUCGUCCGAGCGUUCAGCUGGGACACGGGCACCAGCAUUGGAGACUUCGAGGGCAGCUCCAAGCGCGUCUUGAGCUGCGCAUUCAAGCCCACGCGGCCGUUCCGGAUCGCCACCGGCGGGGAAGACUUCGUUGUCAACUUCUACGAGGGUCCGCCUUUCAAGUUCACUGCCUCUCACAGAGAUCAUACCAACUUCGUCAACUGUGUGCGCUUUGCUCCCGACGGCACCAAGUUCGUCACGGCUGGAUCCGACAAGAAGCUCAUCGUGUUCGACGGGAAGACGGGUAGCAGAACUGGCCUCGUCUCGUCCUCGUCCGAUGGGCAUACAGGCAGCAUUUACGCUGUGAGCUGGAACGCAAGCAGCAGCCAAGUGGUGACAGUAUCCGCGGACAAAACCGCUAAGCUGUGGAGCAUAGCGGGAGAUGGAUCCGGCGGGAGCCUGGAGGCAACUUUCUGCUCGUCAGACGUGCAACUCGGCUGUCUUUGGCUCAACGAUUCCAUCGUCACCUUCUCCCUGGAUGGCAGGAUGAACGUUUUGUCAGCAACCGGAGACCUGACGGCACCAGACAAGGUGCUCUCCGGACACUCCAAGAGCAUCACGGCUGUUUCCGCAUCGGGCACGGACAUUUACUCGAGCAGCUACGACGGGGUCAUUGUCAAGUGGAGACUUGGAGAGGGCUUUGUAGCUCGCCUCGACGGCAAUGGCUUCUCCUCCAGUGUCUCCGGCUUGAGAGCUGUUGCUGGGAGUGAGGAUACAUUUGUGGCAUGCGGGCAAACCAAGCUCUCAAGAAUUGUGGGAGGGACCGAGAGCACGAUUGAUCUGGGAGCAGCUUGCGUCGGGUUCUCGAUUGCUCCCUGCAGAGAUGGUGAGGUGGUGCUGGCCUGCACAGAGCAAGAGCUGAUCCUGCUCAGAGACUUUGCUGUCGUCUCCCGGCUAUCACUUCGUUUUACAGCUACUGCUGUUGCAGUCUCCCCAGACGCGAAAGCUGCCGUAGUUGGGGACAAAGAUGGCAAGCUGCACCUGUUCUCGCUCGGUGAGGACGGACUGCACCAGGAAGCCUUGCUCGAACGUCAUCGUGCAUCUGUCACGGCACUCGAGUUCUCCCCGGAUGGCACGAUGUUCGCUUCGGGUGAUCAAAACCGGGAAGCUUUUGUGUGGGACGCAGUCAAGAGAGAGGUCAAGCUGAAAAACAUGCUCUAUCACACCACGAGCAUCCAGUGCAUUGCGUGGGCUGUGGACAGCUCCAAGGUUGCGACUGGGGGUGUAGACGGUUGCAUCUAUGUUUACUACGUGGACCGGCCUGCUUCAGCGCGGAUAUCUAUCAGAGGAGCUCAUCCGGGCGGUGUGAGCGGCCUGGCCUUCGCAGACGUUAGCGAGCUUGUUAGUGGCGGGCAAGAUGCAUUUCUCCGGGUGUGGAAGUCCUAGAGCUUGUUGUGUUUGUGUUUGUGUUUGUGUUUCUGGCUUUAAGUUGACACCAUGAUUGCUCAAAAUGGUGGUUUUCUAAAGCCAUGGCCGCCAUGGAACUAUGGAACUAGAGUUACGUGAUAAUCCAAUCAUUCAUUCGUGGGCA